AGAGCAGCCAAUCAGUGCCCCGCAGGUCCUAUCAUGAAGAUUUAUUUCUCCGCCCAGUCUAAGUCAACAACCCUUGACUGGAAGUACAGCGCCAUGGGGGCCCGCACCAUCCUCCUUCUGCUGUCGGGGGUGCUGUCCCUGACCCAGACAUGGGCGGGCCCCCACUCCUUGAAGUAUUUCGUCACCUCCCUGUCUCGGCCCGGCGAGGAGCCCUGGUACCUGGAAGUCGGCUACGUGGACGACACGCAGUUCGUGCGGUUCGACAGCGACGCGGAGCAGCCGCGAAUGGAGCCGCGGGAGCCCUGGAUGGAGGCGGUGGGGCGGGAGGACCCGGGGUACUGGGAGCGGGAGACGCAGGCCGCCAAGGAAAACGCACUGACUUUCCGAGUGGGCCUGAACACCCUGCGCGGCUACUACAACCAGAGCGCGGGCGGGACUCACACUUUCCAGUGGAUGUACGGCUGCGACGUGGGGCCCGACGGCCGCCUCCUCCACGGGUAUGAACAGUACAGCUACGACGGCGCCGACUACAUCGCCCUGAACGACGACCUGCGCUCCUGGACCGCGGCAGACACGGCGGCUCAGAUCACCAAGAGCAAGUCAGAGGUUUCAAGUGAUACUGAACUCAGCAGAGCCUACCUGGAGAGCAUCUGUGUGCCAUGGCUGCACAAGUACCUGCAGAUGGGGAAGGAGACACUGCUGCGCGCAGAUCCCCCAGAGACACGCGUAACUCGCCACCCCAACGCUGAGGGUGAAGUUACCCUGAGGUGCUGGGCCCUGGGCUUCUACCCUGCGGAGAUCAGCUUGACCUGGCUGCGAGAUGGGGAGGAUAUGACCCAGGAGAUGGAGUUUGUGGAAACCAGGCCUGGAGGAGAUGGAAGCUUCCAGAAGUGGGCAGCUGUGCGGGUGCCUUCUGGACAGGAGCAGAGAUACACCUGUCGGGUGCAGCAUGAGGGGCUGCCUGAGCCCCGCACCCUGACAUGGGAGCCAACCUCUCAGUCCUCUGCCCUCAUCAUUGGCAUCGUGGUAGCUGUUGUUGUUCUUCUCUGUGUCCUUGGAGCUGUGGUGGGCGCUGUGGUGUGGAGCAAGCAGCAGUCAGGAGGAAAAGGAGGGAUCUACAAACCAGCUGCAAACACUGACAGUGCCCAGGGAUCUGAUGCAUCUUUUCCACUGCACAAAGUGUGAGGCAGCUGUCUUCCAUGGGACUGAAUUGAUGGAGGACUUCUUCAUACCCCUGCUUUGUGACAUGAAAAUCCACUGAUUCUCUUUCUGCUAAGGGCAUCUCAAAAUGUCCGUAUUCCUUUAACAUCGAGUGAGGCUGUGGGGAGAGUGAGCCACCUUACCCACCCUCCAGCACCCCUUUCCCCAGCUGACCUGUGUUCUCUUCCCUGACCACUUUCCUGCUCCCGGGGAGGUGGGUCUGCUAUGUUCUAUCCUUGUUUGCUUGCUAAUUUCCAAUUAAGAAUGGCACAUAAAAAUGAGAAUACAGGUUUGAAUUUGUUCUUUCCUUUAUUUCAGGGAGGGCUGUAACUGAAUUGGCUAUUUUCUACUUUUGUUUUGUGGGGCCCAUGACUGAAUACAGAAGUAUAUUCCUAAAAUUUGAGAGAAAAAAUAAAUGGAAGCACCAGAAGUUUCCAAAAUUUC